GGGAACCAGCUUCCCAGGCCGAGAGGGGAGGGGGCUCGGCCUCGGGCGGGUGAGGGGCGUGACAUGUCUCUCGAAGAUCCGUUUUUUGUAGUCCGAGGCGAGGUGCAGAAGGCGGUGAACACGGCCCGAGGGCUGUACCAGCGGUGGUGCGAGCUUCUGCAUGAGGGCGCGGCGGUCGGACGCGAGGAGCUGGACUGGACGACCAAUGAGCUGCGGAAUGGCCUGCGCAGCAUCGAGUGGGACCUCGAGGACCUGGAGGAGACCAUCGGCAUAGUGGAAGCCAACCCAGGCAAGUUCAAGCUCCCAGCCGGAGACCUGCAGGAGAGAAAGGUGUUUGUGGAGAGGAUGCGGGAAGCAGUCCAGGAAAUGAAGGACCAUAUGGUCAGCCCCGCAGCCAUAGCCUUCAUGGAGAGGAAUAAUAGAGAGAUGCUGACAGGCAAGCCAGCCACCCUGAAGUCAUCCAGUGACUUGCUGGACGCCAGUGUGGUCUCAACCACCUCUCGCUACAUUGAAGAGCAGCAGGCCACACAGCAGCUGAUCAUGGACCAGCAGGAUCAGCAACUGGAAAUGGUGUCUGGGAGUAUCCAGGUUCUGAAACACAUGUCCGGCCGCGUCGGGGAGGAGCUAGAUGAGCAGGGCAUUAUGCUGGACACCUUUGUUCAUGAGAUGGACCACACCCAGUCCCGGAUGGAUGGGGUCCUCAGGAAGAUGGCCAAAGUAUCCCACAUGACCAGUGACCGCCGACAGUGGUGUGCCAUUGUGGUGCUGCUGGGUGCUUCUCCUGGUCCUCAUCCUGUUCUUCUCUCUCUGAUCCUGGCCCUCCCCAGGAAGCUGGUCCCUCCAGCUGGGGGGGCCAGCAGAGCCCUGCCCCCUGGGAGGAGGGGGAUCAUGCCUGGGGAGCUGUCCCAAGGCUUCAUCCAGAGCCAGUAGGACCCUCAGGGCCCUGGGUGGGAGCCCCCACCACUGGUUCUGUCUCAAGUGCGCUUAGUGGGUGGUGGAAGUAGGGGGACCUCAGACACGCCCCUCCCCAUCUCUCCUUCCCGUGCCCCAAAGCCAUCGCUUUGCCCGUGUGCCUUCUACAUGUGUCAACUUGGAAAUAAAAUCCCAGCCUUUGUUAUA